UUUUAUCACUGUUAAUUGGCCUAAAAACUAUUUUGGUGCAGGUUCUUGGAGUUGAACCGGUUCCCUGGGUCGUUGAUCCCGGGUGAACGCGCCCCCUCCCCGUGCGUCCGCUGGAGGAGGGUGGAGCCGCGGAGACCGUCUCCUUCCUACGCCGUUACCGGACCCUCCGCCUUCCUGCCCCCGGGAACCCAGCUUCCGCUGCCGGAUUCCAGGCCCUGGGCACGCACCGGCACCUCCAGGACACUGCGUGCCGAGUGUGGAGGGACGUUGGACCGGGACACAAGCCGUGGACGCGGACGCGGACGCGUUUGGGACGAGCUAACGAAGAGAAUGUGCCUCGUCAGCGCAACAGUUGGACCGAGUCGCGCCGAGUUUCAACACACUUCAGGGAGGUUUCAUAACUUUUUUUUCUAAGCGCCUGUUCCGCUUCCAGUUGAGUCACCGGCACACAGACGGUACAGUCACCCACACGGAACCGGGCCCGUCAGGUGAAGGCGUGGCGCUGGGCGGGGAAGCUUUGUUCCCAGCACCUGGAUGUGAGCGCGCGACCGGAGACUCGCGCCGCUCCAGCUGCCGCCUUCCCCACCGCAGGAUCCGUUUCCCCGGUAACGCGUAAUGACGGGAGCCGACCCCUCGGAAAGUCGCCGUGUCGCUGUGGUUUUCGAGCCCAACGGUUUGCUGAAACGUCGGGUUUAACUGAGGACAUGGCGCUGUCGCAGAUCCAGUGUCUGGACGAUCACCACGUCAACUGGCGCGUGAGCGAGAGCAAGCCGGAGUUUUUCUACAGCGAGGACCAACGGCUGGCGCUCGAGGAGCUCAUCGCCAACGGCCGCGAGGCGUUCAGGGACCACAUCACCAAGCAUGGCGUGCGGGACUUCCUCUCCGAACCAGAGCUGGAGCGGAUCGAACGCGCCGCGGAGGCCUACAGACCCGGGUACGAGCACUAUCCGAAGCCAGAGACGCCAGGCCCAGGGAACGUCACCCCGGGGUCCUGGGAGGAAGCGGGGGACGGCGAGGUGUCGCUGCAGUACUGGCCAGACCGCUCCGAGGCCUCAGUGGCGGAGCUGGACCUGGGGUGGCCCGAGGCCAUCUCGUACCGAGGGGUCACCCGCGUGACGGUGUACACGCAGCCCCCCACGGAGGGGCACACGCACAUCAAGGAGGUGGUUCGGAAGAGCAUAGCAUCGGCCCAGAAGGUCAUAGCUGUGGUGAUGGAUGUGUUUACAGACGUGGAUAUCUUUCGUGACCUGCUGGAUGCGUCCUACAAACGCAGAGUUCCUGUGUACAUAAUCCUUGACAUGGCUGCAGUUGCCAGCUUUCUUUCCAUGUGUGGCAGAGCUGAUAUGCACCGUGGACACCUGAAGAAUCUGCGGGUACGCUGCUGUGGAGGAGUAGAGUUCUUCUCACGCUCAGCGCAAAAAGUGCGUGGAUCUCUGAGCGAGAAGUUUCUCCUGGUUGAUGGAGACAGAGCUAUCUCUGGCUCAUACAGUUUCACCUGGUCCUCCUCUCGCCUGGACCGUAACCUCAUCACUGUGAUCACCGGACAGGCAGUGGAGACUUUCGACCUGCAGUUUCGUGACCUCUACUUCACGUCCAGAAGUGUGUCUCUCAGCAAGGUUCCAAUGGUAGACGAACCAGCCCCCGAGCCGGUCCCUCAGGUGGUGCCUGCCCCGGUGUCAGCCGCUGUUGCCAGGAAGCUCAUCAAUCCCAAAUACGCCCUCGUUGCCACGGGAACACACACCAGUCCCUCCUCCUCUGACCAGAACUCCAGCAACAAAAACUCAAAUCCCCAGAAUCCAGCUGGACUGAAAAUCCUGAAAGGACGUCUUAAGGAGGUCAUCGAGGAGCCUCCACUACACCCAGGACUGGCUAAUCUAGAGAGAGCUUACCUGAUCCCAUACCUGCCCACCUGGCCAGACCCAGACCCUCCCAGUGAUGUGAUUGGUUUUAUCAACAUUAGAGAUGAAAAGCGGGCACAUCAGGUUCACCUCCAGAGGUCGGAGAGGUUUGAAGUUAGCCAGGCUAUACGCUUCAGCGCUCCGCUUAGCCUACCAGUCCAGACUGAAGAACCCAUUGUAGGUCGGAAUAAAGAGGCUGCUGGAGCUGCCAAACCUCCUGCUGGAAAUACAAACCCUCAGACGUCUGCUCCUGACGGUCCGGCCAACCAACAGCCCGAAGAGCAAAGGGACACAGCAGUGAAUAUAAACCAGAGCGAUUCCAGAGAGGCUCCAGAGCAGCCUAACUCACCUCCAACGCAGGACACACACAAUCCAAAGGCAGAAACUCCCACUACUACUACCCCUACCACUACUACUACUACUACUACUAAUACUACUAAUACUACUAAUACUACUAGUAGUACAGUUGAGCCAGAACCAAUAGACAAUCCUGAAAAAACUCCAGAGACACAACCUGUUGCUCCCCCUGUUCCUAAACGCCGCACUGUGCAUUUGAUCAUAGACCCUGUCCCCUUACCUCAGCCUCAACCUGGACAACCACAGGUCACUUUGGUAAAAAUGGACCCAAUAGAAAGUGUAGAUGGGCCUUCUAGCAAAAAGGAAACCGAGGAGAAGCAAACAUUGGCCCGUCGUCGGCUAACGUCAAAGAACGAUGGCAGGGACUCCGGCAGCAACGACAACGGCAGCCAAGACAGCACCAAGGUCAUGUGCGACCGCCAGGCCAACGACGACCCCUCCAGCGCCUCCACAGCGUCGGAGGAGGAGUUUUACGAAUGCGCCCCGCAGCAGCCCAGUGACCCCCUAAGUAACGGAGUGACCACAGGGUCGGGCCGCGGGCCUCGCCAAGGAGACGGAGUCAACAUGAUGGCGCGCCUGUCUCAGAGCAUGCUGGACCUGCGGGAGCCCAGCCAAGGCCAGGACAGCGCCGCCCUCCUCCGGGAGUCACAGCAGCUCCGCAGGCUGCCCUCGCCACACAGGCACAUAGGCCAGCUGUUCCAAGCCUCGCGCUCUCCAGGUCGUGACGCGCGACUGCGAGGACCCAAGGUGAUAAUUGCCAAACCAGGAAGUUACCAUCGCCCCAGCAGAGCGGCCGUCCCCGUGAUCGGUGGCCAUCGCUACUGGCAGGGUCAAAUGCUGCAGCCGGACUCAGCCAAGCAGCAGAGCCGCUCCGGCCGGUCCCCGCGCCGCCACAGCCCCGGCUACAGGAAGCCGGACCACGCGGAACCACAGCCAACCAACCCAUCGGGGUUGCUGGGAGUGUCUUUGUCAAAACUGAACAAUUUCAGACUCUUGAGGGCACGAGGAGGAGCGUCGCAGAAGAAAGCGCCUCAAAGUAACAAGGCUGCCAGGUAAAAGUGGAGCACAGGUACAAAACACAGAGGACUUCUCUGUCCUUUCAUGUUGUCACAUGAUGAGUGACAUACAGAGACUAUAAAUAUAUAUAUUGACAGUGUCAACAUGGGUUGACAGAUUUAAUUUGUUACAUAUCAGUUAUUUAUGUUUAGUUUUGAAUUAACUGUCAUCUUCAUUCCUUCAUUUGUCUUUUCUAAAAAGUGCUGCGACUUUUGAAACUGAUGUUUGUGAACCAGCCGUGUUCAUUUACAAACUGUUUGACGUAUCCAACAUGCGCCACGUUUCUAGCUUCUUUCAACAGAGAAUUCGCACACAGCGAGGAGCAGAUCCGUUUGGGUCUCGGAGAAAAUCCCUCCUGUUUUGUGCAAACUCCAUUCACCAAACAUGGUCAAAUAUGUUGUCGGUCCUCAGAUAUUUGAGUGCGGUUCUAGUGAUGGUGUGAUACCACUGCGCUCGGUUACUGACACGGUGAGGCUGGGACAAUUGUGUUGCUUUUGCGUGUUUGUCGUGUUUGUAGAGACAAACUGUAUACGAUGUGGGACCAAAAGUGAAUGUUAAAUAAAAAUGUAGACAACUUA